AUGUCGUCCUCAGGACAGACCGUUCGUAACGUCACCAAGUCCACCGACUACUCUUCGAACAUUUCGUCGUCGCCGGCUUCAUUCCAAGGAGCAUCCAAUUCCAUCGACAGCGGGCCUCAAAGGCGAUCCGGAGGUAACGGUAGUUUUGGUGCGGGAUCAACAACGAGAGCAAUCUCAGCGGCGAGAAAUAACCAAGCUAAGAAGGGUCAGCACAAGAAACAUCACCGCCCAAACCUGGUGAACGAGGAUGUAUAUUCAGAAUCUGCCAUCAUGAGAUCUGCCACAAGCCGAAAGGGUCAGACUUCGAUCACCCACCUUAUGAACUUUUCCCUACCUCCUCGCCCUCAGUAUCAUCCCAGUACACAUCGUCCACGCCGAAAUCCAACAUGGGGAAUGGGAUCGGGCUAUCACGCUAUUGACAAAGCUCGAUAUGUCCAUGCAAACUAUCGGUUUAUAGUGGAUCCUCGUAGGAAUUACCACGCCCAAGCAGCAAAUGCUGACGUCCAUCUGGAUUGGGACUCGGUGCUCCAGGUGCUGGCAUCUGAACAAACGCAAGCUGCGAGCUGUCCCAUAUGCCUUGGCAUGCCAGUCGCACCUCGAAUGGCUAAAUGCGGUCAUAUAUUUUGUUUUCCGUGCCUUAUUCGGUACAUGCACUCAACUGACGACGAUGCUUCAGUACCAGAGAAGAAAGCACGCUGGAAGAAAUGUCCCAUCUGCUGGGACACAAUUUACGUCUCAGACACACGACCAGUUCGGUGGUUUGUUGAGCAGGAAACCAACUCCCCGGUUGAAGGAGGUGAUGUUGUAUUACGUUUGGUGAAGAGGAACCCUGGAAGUACCUUAGCCUUACCCCGUGACGGCGCGGAGGAACUCAAUGCACAAGACGAUAUUCCAUGGUAUCAUGCAGCCGAAGUUGCAGACUACGCGCGGAUUAUGAAAGGCGGAGAGGACUAUAUGAUAUCUCAAUACAAUGCUGAAGUCGAGCUCCUGAACCAACAAAGACAGGAAGACGAGCUUCUAUUUGGCGAUGACUCGACCUGGGUUCAGAAAGCUAUCAACAGCAUCAAAGACGCCCAAGAAAAAGUUCGGGGUAUAGGGAACCCACCACCUGUUGCACGUACCGAAAAGAAGCAAUCGCGAACACCACACUUUGAUGAAGAGCCAGUACAGGAGCCGGAUCACAGCGGCCUCAACAGUACGGCCUAUGACGCUUCUUCAUCCGAGAUAGUUGAUGAAGUGGCUGCUGGUGUAGAAGCAGUCGAUUUAAACGGAGAUGAUCAUCUUGAAUCACGAAAGAAAGAGAAGCACCCCUCAACUCAGAUGAAGACGUCUGCAGCCAGGGAUACCGCAGGAACCAACACCGACCAACCAUACUAUUUCUAUCAAUGCUUGCCUCACUUUUACCUUUCUGCUCUUGACAUCCGAAUUCUCAAAGCCGCCUUCGGCGACUAUUCAUCCUUCCCGGCCACCAUACUCCCGCGUGUCGAACACAUAUCGACUGGCCAUGUGCUUGAUGACGAGUUGAGGAAACGAGCCAAAUACCUCGGUCACCUACCAUAUGGUUGCGAAGUGGGUUUCCUGGAAUGUGACUGGACCGACGUCGUGGUACCCGAAGUCUUGGAACGGUUCCGACCCGAAAUCAACAAACGCAGACAACGAAAUCGCGAUAAAGAGGCGCGUGAAGAAAAGGACAGGAUUAGAGCCGAGAAAGAAGAAGAAGAGAAGCGAUGGGCAGCCGCUCGUCGUAAACGACCCAGUUUCGGAUUCACUACAAGCGAACGCCCAUUCUCCGAUCAAGACUUCUUACCCUUAAGUAGCGGCGGCCCCUUUGACCCAACAGCUAUCAUAGAUAGCGAAUUCGCAGCAAACUCCCCACCGAACGGGUCACCAACCAACCAAUCGCAUUCUCGUUUUGAGGCUCUCGCAUCACCAUCCACAAGUCCCCCCGUUGCGCGCACCGUAUGGGGUACAGCAGCCGUACAAUCAGAUCCUCACCAACAACCCCUUCACCGCGGCCCCGUCAAUGAUGGCUGGCUACAAGGCUGGGAAGAAGAUUUACUAGGUCAGCGAGAAGCUGAAUUACUUGCUCAGGCAUCUGCUGAAUCUUCCGCCACUGCAGCUACUAGCGGCGGCGGUGGCCGAAAGAAGAAGAAUAAGAAGAUUACGUUGAUGUCUACUAAUAUUCAACGAGGUGCUUAG